UAUAAACUUGUUUGUAAGUACAUGUUCUACUUACUGUAAUUGGUGUUAUUAAUACUUUUGUAACUAAUCAAAAUUGUUUUAUAUUAAAAAGGAAUACUUAUAUAAAUCAAUUAAAUAAGCUUAUAUCAAAUAUUAAUUUGAAAGAUUAAAACAAAUUGUUUUUGAAGAACAGUUGCUGUAGCGCUGUUUCUUGAAAUUACAUAAUCAGAACAAAUCAUGGAUCCAAAUGUUAAAAAUGAGGAUAUUAUCCGCAUCUAUCUCUGUGGGCCUCACAGCACCGGAAAGACAACUCUGAUGCUUGACCUUGAACCUCAUUUACACGGGGUCAAGGUCAUAGAAGAAGUUGCAAGGUCAGUGAUUAAAAACCACGGAUGGGAGAGAGAUGAUUUCAGGCCGGAUAAACACCCUGACGUGUUCAAACAGAUGAAUUAUGAAAUACUUGAAGCUCAAAUAGAUGUGGAAAAGAGGUUUUCAGAAAUGAAUCAAGACUUCAUAUGCGAUCGAGCCAUAGACCCGAUUGUGUAUUGUGACUUUUACGUAGGACCAGAAGCUAGGGACGGAAUUUUCAAAACACCGAAUAUUCAACAGUGGAUAGAAAGGCUUCGAAACUCGCUAGUUAUCUUGGUAGCUCCCCACAAAGAAAUCAUCAUAGAUGACAGUGUGCGACUGACUUCCAGUUUUGACGAACUGUGUCGGUUUUACGAGACUUUUGUCAAGGAGUUAAAUGUUAAUGAGAUACCGUAUAUUGAUUUAUGUGAACUUGAUAGACAAAAACGAAUUGACAUCAUAUUGAAAGAGCUGGCUGAGUUUAAAGAAAAACGUCAUCUAAGCUUUAAAAAAAAUGCCAGUCAAGUGUAGCAAGGGGCUAAAUUUGUACUGUACGAAUAUUAGAAAGUUAAACACAAACAACGGGAGCGGCAAAAACAGGACAAAGAACGAAAAUAUGAUAAGUAAUAAGAAUGUGAGAAAUCGGUCAGAAAGUAAAGAAUGGGCAAAAUGGUCAUAGUAGUAAUUUAGGCGAAAAAGGAAUAGGGCGGUAUAGAAAAAAAUGGAAAUGACUUGAAAGUAACUGAGGCGAAAAUGGCCAGAGAUGACUAUAAGUGGCCCAUCAGGGAUCAAUCAAAUUGCCAAAUAUAUUGUAAAUAAAGGACAUUGAACAUAUUAUUGGACGUAAGUGGGCAAUAUUAAAGGCUUUAUCAAUAUAUUGACGAAAACGAAAGCGCGAGUUUAAUGAUAUUUUCAAUAUUAAAAGUAUCCUACUAUUAAAGAAUGUUUGUGAGAGUACAGAAAAAUUUGAUUAGUGAAAUGAAUGUCCACUUGGCAAAAAGGAACGAUUAUCAUUUUCAAUGUGUCAAUGUUUUUGUCAAUUAUUUAUUCAGUCAAUAUUAUUGCCAAUUUAAAUGAUCAUAGAUAGGUCGCUAAGGCGGUAUAAGAAUGGGUGAAAACGGUCAGAAAGUGACUUGGCAGUAUAAAAAUUAUUGAUCACAGUGAGGACGUAACCUUGACAGAGUAAAAUGUGUGCUUACGGUCAAACGGUCAAAGAGUAACUUGAGCAGUAACAAUGGGUGAAAACGGUCAAAAAAUAACUUAUCUGUAUGUGUGAAACGAGUCAGACAGAAACUUACACGAUAUAAGAAUGGAUGUAAACUGUCAGAGAGCCUAAUUUAGGUGGUAACAGAAAGUGUGAACUCCUUUUGAGAGUUGUGGUUGGUUACACGUCUGUGAACAUGGUCAGAGAGUAAUGAAGACGGUAACAGAACGGAUGAUAUCGUACAGA